UAAUGCGAACUUGCAAUUUUCUAAGUGUGGUUGUCGUUUUGAAAUUUCGUAAUAUUUUGUCUUUAAAAGCUAUACAGGCACUGAGUAUAUAAACAUUUAGUAAUGAAGCGUUCGGCCCCUGAUGUCGAUGGAAUUGAAAGCCGGAAGAAACAGUGUGUUAAUAGUAACCUAUCAACUCAUGUUUCUACAGCUGGGUGUGAAACAAGUGAAAUGAGGAAUGACAAAGAGGUGAAAAGGGCAGGUCCUUUUGUGAUAGGACCUCGGCUGGGAAAUUCUCCUGUCCGCAGCAUUACACAAUGUUUAGCAAGAAAAUCCAAAACAGAUGAAUUUUAUACAUUGAAAAUGCUUAUUAUGAAAUCCCUCAAUGAAGAAACCCAGGAUGAGAAGCAAGGAAAAAUGUUGUUAUUAACUGAAUAUAGUCUCCUGUCCCUACUACAUGAUCAACCUGGGGUUAUUCAUCACCAUGGGUUUUUCAAAGACUUGGCAUAUGAGGAACAGGAACUUCAAAAUGGAACAGUAGUUAUUACUGGGAAUAAAGUCAAAAGGCUCAAUCUCAUCCUAGAUUGUCUUUCACCAAAUGACUUCUGUCCUUAUUCUCACAACUAUGUCAACCUUCAGCAGUAUGUCAUUAAGGAGAAAAAAUUGACUGAACAGGAAAGCCUUUGGAUAUUUAGAGAAAUUGUCUGUGUAGUAAAAAGUCUUCACCAAAGAAAUAUUGUCCACAGAGAUUUGAAACUUGGUAAUUUAGUGCUGAACCGACAAAACCGACGCAUUACUCUCAUUAAUUUCUGUCUGGGGAAGCAUCUGGCAAACGAAGAAGACCUGUUGCGUGAUCAGAGAGGUUCUCCAGCGUACAUUUCUCCAGACGUUCUGAGUGGCAAACCCUACCUAGGCAAGCCGUCGGAUAUGUGGGCCUUGGGAGUCGUAUUAUUCACUAUGCUCUAUGGCCAGUUUCCAUUCUACGACUCGGUCCCUCAAGAACUCUUCAGGAAGAUCAAAGCCGCCGAAUUCACUAUUCCCAGGGACGGUCGUGUCUCGGAUAGCACUACGAGGCUAGUUCAACGUUUACUGAAUCUAAAUCCACACCAAAGGCUAAAGGCUGACCAAGUCGUCGAUGUGCUCGACUCUGCUAUAGCCGUAAGCCAUUUUCCAUCUUCAUCAGCCGAUCUGUCCUUAUUACAGGUUGUUCCGGAUGCUGAUUGUGAUUUGCCAGUGGAUGAAGCAGAGGUUCCAACAUCGAAGCCUGUCAAGGGGAUUUCGGGAUUCGAACUUGUAUUACAGCAGCUUCAGGCUAUUGAAGAAUCAACUGGUAGCCUCUUGGCAUAUCAUUCAGUCACAGUUCCCGGCUUAAGCCCAUUUCAAAUAAUAAAGAAGCACGCAAAUACCAGUGAACAUCAUGCGCAUUUAAAUUUUCUCUCGUCACUUGGCCGUCAACAAGGAUCUGUGCGUGCCCUCAGCACGGAACAGAUGAAUCGGUUUCGUCAUUUACUACCUCCGCGAAUGAUGACCUCCCAUCAGCAGUUCCACGAGGGAACAAGUGCUACAGCAGUACAAAGAAUAGCAUCAUUUUCUUCUUACAUGUCACAAAAUAAUUUGUCGGCCUUCUCACCUGCUACACCAACGUUACGCACGGUGAAUCCAACAUUUUUCCCACCGAAUUUUCUGUCGCAUCGGUUGCAACAACUGCAACAACAACAUCAACAGCUAUCACCGGCUUCGUUAGCUUCAAUAAACGGUACCCGCCGGAUCGCCAUUGACUCUCCAAUAUCGUCGACAUCGCGACAAGAGGAACAAUCUGAGGAACCAGAUUAAAACACAGACAUCAUCCGUGUCCCACUUUCUCCACACAUACUCCUAAAGCUUUAUCGUAUAAAGCCGAGCUAAGUAUUUUAUGAUGCAUGUAAAAACAAACGCAAUUUGUAAUCGUACACUAUCUACAUUUUGAAUUCUGCAUGUCAAAUUAGUUCAAAAGCUAUAGAAUUUUUUGAAAGGUUUGAGAUACCAGGAUUUGUAAAAAUUAAGAAACCCGUUGGAGUUACCCACUGCGUUACAGGUCCCGGUAUUGAAGUUAAAUUGAUAGCCAUAUGGGCACAUUGGUGCCUGA